GUACUUCUCAGUUUGUAAACCUGCAACAUGGUUAGCCUUGGCUAUUAUAAGUUGUAUAAAAGGAAGUGGUUGGUUACUGUUGCACAAAGAUAAUGCAGUGACUCAGUGCAACCAUAUGAGGAAAUUUAUAUUUUUCCAACACACCACCCAAACCAGAAAUAUCUCAUUCUGUCCAUGUGAGGACUGAUAUUAACUUCAACUCAUUCCACAGGUUAUCACUUACCGUACAAAACGUAUUUAAAAAAAAUGGACAUUUGUUUUGUCAGGUGUGGCAAGGGAAAACAACUAUUUUCACUCAAUAUCAGAAACAGUUUACAGCAGUAUAGCAAGGGGGGACCUUAUUGGAUACCAAGGUGGAGCUUAAUCUUGUUCGUCACACAGUGGGAUGUACCUGUCAAUGAUAGCUGCUUCAACUGGUAGACUUCAGUGUAGUUAUUUGUCUCUAUCUGGGUGACUGGAUGCAUCAUGGCUCUCUGCUGGGUUUAUUGGGUGGCUGGAUGCACCAUGGCUCUCUGCUGGGUCUAUUGGGUGGCUGGAUGCACCAUGGCUCUCUGCUGGGUCUAUUGGGUGGCUGGAUGCACCAUGGCUCUCUGCUGGGUCUAUUGGGUGGCUGGAUGCACCAUGGCUCUCUGCUGGGUCUAUUGGGUGGCUGGAUGCACCAUGGAUCUCUGCUGGGUCUAUUGGGUGGCUGGACUUUCUGCCAUUCAGACCCGGGCAACACCAGCAGGUGGGUACCAGUUCCAGGGGAUAGUUGACUGUGAAUAUGAUGACACCACUGAUAAUAUGAUUUACUUUGUGAAAAACAUAUUCAACCAAACAUUGACCACCAUCUAUGACUCCAGGGUUCAGAAGUAUGUGGGUUUCGGGGAGUUUGGCAUACGCAAUGCAGAUCACUACAACAACAAAGCUUGGAAAAUGGCUAUAAGGAAAGCAGGAGACUAUUUGCCGAUACAGUGCAAGAUUCUUCAAACUGAGCACUUUGGAAAGAAUAGUGCCUCCCAUUGUCAAAGCCCGCCUGACCAAGCCCUCUCGCUACGGGGAGCUGUCCAUGCUGGAGUGCAGCGUUCUAGGCUUCUACCCUCAGGAGGUGAGGGUGAGCUGGCUGAGAGACGGGCUGGAGACCACCAUAGCCGUGACCUCCACAGACACACUGGCUAACGUGGACUGGAGCUACCAGCUCCACUCCUACCUAGAGUUCAGGCCUCAGAGAGGGGAGAGUGUAAGCUGCAUGGUUGAGCACCCCAGCCUAGAUGAACCACUGGAGGUGGUAUGUGAUACCUCAGGCCUGGAUGCUAAAUGGUUUAAAAUGGCAAUAGGGUGUGUUCCCUUUUCAUUGGUGUAGCCAUGGCUAUUGGAGGAGGAGUUUACUACUGGUGGAAGAACAG